AUGGCAGCGUUCUUUCUCAUUGCGGCAGUUCCUUUCUUGGUGGCAGCAGAUUCAAGGCCAGACACUCUCUCUAGCAUUGCAGAGACGGCUACCGCUCGUAAUUUGGGCUACAAGCCGACUGAAUGUACCGGAGAGGGCAGCAUGCCCACGGUGACAGACACUCCUCUUUGCUGGGGAGGCGACCUUUUGGUUCAGACUUUCAACAUCAAGGUCAACAGCUACGAUGGCACCAGUGGAACCGUGGACAUGGAGAUGCGCGGCCCAACAAGCGGUCAAUGCACUGAGACCCCUUUUGAGAACAACAACAAUGAAAUCUCCCUUGGCGAGCAGCAUGAGUGUGGCUUGGGAGACUCCGAAUACACUGUGAAGUACUGCCCAGAUCAAGAUCAGUUUGUCAUCGACAUUGUGAAGCCUUGGACGAUCGAAGUCACACUCAAGAGUCAGGAGUGUGGAGCUGCUGAUGAGAGGAAGAAGGAAAUUCUGCCGUGA